AUGGACGACGACGACGACUUUGGCUUUUCCGACUCGGACCUCGACGACCUGCCCGCCAACACGCUGCAGCACCUCGAGGCCAACGCCGUGCGCGCGACACAGCACCAGCAACAGGCCGGCCCAGAGUCCGACUAUGGCCUGGACGAGGGCGAUGAGGUAGUCAACCUCGACGACGACAAUGCGGCAGCACACCAUGCGUACAGCGCAGCCGCCCCGCAGUACACGCAGCCACAGACAGACUACGCCUACGACGACAGCAAUGGGCAGCAGCAGCAGCUCUACGCAGACCAGAUGGAAGUCGAGGAGCAGCCCUACCGCUCGCAGGCCGACCCCGGUCAGCUGCUCUCGCGCAUCAAGAAGUUAGAGCAAGAGAAGGCGCGCGAGAGGAAGCAGGCCGACGACCUCAAGGGCAAGCUGCAGACCAAGUCGGGGGAGGCAGACACGCUCAGGCGCCGCCACGACGCCGAAAGCCGCAGCUAUGAGCGCAAAAUCGCCGACCAGCAGCAGCUGCACAGCUCCGAGCUGGCCAAGAUGAGGGCAGAGAUCGAGAGACUGCGGCGCGAGAAGGAGCAGGCCCAGACGGACAACAUGUUCAACCAGCACGACAGCAUGGCCCAGCGCACGAGGAGGUCCAUGCCGUCGAGACCAAAGGGCAAGGCCACCGCAGCCACGAGCCCGGCGGGGACACCGAAGCGCGCGCAGAAGACCAAGGGGCCGCUGGGCGACGGAUUCGACGACGACGAUGUUGUCAUGGCCUCGCCCUCCAAGCUUCGCGAUAGGCUCAAGGCUGUGACGCCCAAGCAGGCCAGCAAGCGGAAGCGGACCGUGACUGACCAGAGCCCCAUACCACUGCCAGCCCUGCAGCUGAGCGCACCACGCACUCAGCCAAGGGAGAAGGAGAUCGAUUCUGCUCCCGAGCAAGUCAUCGACACUGCGCUCUUGCAGCACUUUCGCGAGGACGACCGCCGCUUCACGCUCCUGCACCGUCUGCUGGCCCAUCCUUCCUCAAACGGCGAAGACCGCAUACUUGAAGCACUAACACAGCAUGCAUUCCCCACGCAGCCCUCGAAGAAACUGUCCUCCAUCGUGUAUGAUGCAUUAGCUGCCGCCACUGCGUCCGACGUCCACGAGUUGGCCUUGCGCAUCUGCAACAUUGUUCUUGACCUCUGGAAGCGGUGUCUUGAUGAGAGAUACUACGACCCCGUCUACCUCAUGCUCGAUGCGAUUCACUUCGUCCUCGCCUGCGAACCAAUACAGACCGCCGUGCAGGUCACUGAAAAAGCAGUGCCUCUCAUCAUUGCCUCUGUCGACUUGGUAUCACUGCCAGUCUCAAACGCGGCUAAGCUCGGCGGUAAGGCCGUCGCAAGCCUGUUCACGCCCACCCAGCGAGACAUUGCAUCCAAGAUUGACGUUCUCGACUGUCUGGAGCUGCUCUACCUCAUUGCAACCAGCUCUGUGUCUUCGACCGAGUCAGCAGCAAUCAGUCGACUGUGGCAAGGCAUACCCUCUGGCUUCUGUCUCAUGCUGCUGAACAAGGAAUACCCACAACCCCAGAUCACGCUAAUGCUACGGAUUCUGAGCACGUCAGCUCUGUCUACCUCAGUUGGUCCCAUCGUAGCGGAGGACGAAAGCCAAUCCAACGUGGAAGAUGCCAUCAUCGCUCGACUCACCAAUCUCUUUACCGAGAUACCCAAGCAGAUACCAGACCCAUCCGCAAAAUCGCCGCCAGCCGCAGUCACUGAAGCGGAAGUAUGGGAGAUGCGCCUCCUGGUGCUGAUGGUCCUGACACAGUUCUCCAUCUCCAAACACGGCUGCAUACGACUUGCACAGAACCCACUUUGCAUUGGUCGGUUGAUCAAGUACCUUGAUUACUGCAUCAACACGCUAUAUCGACAACCACUGUCACCCACCCAAGACCAGAAGAUUGAGUCAAUCAACGCGACGAUGAAGCUCAUCUACCACAUCGCCACCAGCAAUCCCGGCCUGGAUAUCAAAAGUAAACUCGUCAACACGCUAGGUGGACAGCACUCCUAUCUCGUUGCCCUCUCGCGCCUCACAUUCAGCGAGGGUCUGAUGCUCGAAGCCGGUAUUGAGGACGCAGUGGUUGACAUGGCGCAUUCCAUCCUCGACGAAGGCUUGAGCCUCGAAGAGGGCGACGCAUUUGGCAUGGUAUUCAGCAGUGGUAGUAGCGUGUAA